AUGAGCGCACCCGUCGACAACGUCGUGGUGGAGCGGCUCUCUACAGCCAACCAAAAACCCAUCAACGAGCCCCGCCGCUUUGCGCUCUUGGUUCUCGGAACCUUCUGCUGUAUAUGCACAUCCUUCAUGUAUGCUUUCAAUCUUAUAUCUGGAGCAAUGCAAGCGCGCUACAACCUCACACAGCGAGAUCUCUCCACCAUCACUACUGUUGGUAUCGCAGUUGGAUAUUUCUUGCUGCCCUACAGCUUCAUCUUUGACUAUCUGGGGCCGAAGCCUAUCUUCGUGAUCGCAAUGACAGUUUUCUGCCUGGGUGCGCUUCUGUUUGCCUUGACAUUCCAAGAAGUGAUUGAAGGAUCUGUUGUGAGACUCAGUGUCUACAAUGGUUUUUUAACAUUGGGAUGUAUGUUGUUUGACUUGGGUUCAGUGGUAACAGUACUCAGCGUGUUUCCAUCCAACCGUGGUGCCGUGAUGGCUAUCGUGAAGACAUUUACGGGUCUUGGUGCCGCAAUCGUCGGCAGUAUUCAGUUGGCCUUCUUCAGCAAGAGUGUUGCCAACUACUUUUUCUUCCUGAUGUCGUUUUCACUGGUCGUUGGUACCCUCGCCGUCGUGUUCAUGAAUCUACCACCAUUCCAUUUGACGGGUUAUCAGAAGACACACCUUGAUGAAGAAGAGAAGGCACAGAGGCUUGCGCGCAAGGGUGUGUACCUGAAGCAGAAGGCACCCAUGUGGCGUUUCAUCUAUGGUUUCGUCGUUCUUUUGAUUCUUGUUGUCUUCCUCCCCUUGGAGGGAGCGCUCGUAGCGUAUCUCAAACUCGGAAGCAACUUCAAGGUGGGGUUUGCUGUGACAGUUAUUGUGUUGACCGUAAUAUUCCCUUUUAUGGCAUUCCCACUUACUACCUUCGACGGAAAACGCCCACAUGACGAUUCUGAGGGUGAUGCCAAAGAACACGUUGAAGCGGAUGAUGAAGUUUCCGCGGCGGAAGAUAAGGUAGUUGAGACUGAUGUCGACUAUAUUGCUCCACAGUUCCAGGAAACAUUUAUCGAAGGAUUGAAAACAGCACGGUUAUGGUGCCUACUGUGGUCAAUUUUCUGUUGCGUCGGUGUGCACUAUGUUAUCAUCUACAAUGCUCGUUUCAUCUACACGGCACUUGCGGGUGAGGCCCCCGACGACGCGCUCAAUGCCCUCCUUACUGUUCUCAACGGUGUGGGUAGUGCUGUAGGACGACUUUGUAUGGGCUACUUCGAAGUCUGGUCGCAGAAGCGCCGUGCUGAAGAUCGCGUCCCCAUCACCUUGUCUAUGUUUGUUCCUUCGGUUUGUAUCAUCACCAUGUUGACACUCUUCCUCACUCUCCCGAAGGCUGCAUUACCUUUACCAUACUUCAUCGCAGCGUUCUCAAAUGGCUUUAUGGCGGCUACGAUGGCACUCGUAACACGCACAAUAUUCGCCAAGGAUCCUGCAAAGCAUUACAACUUCUGCUUUCUUGGCUCCGUGCUUUCAGCCAUCUUCCUUAAUCGACUACUGUACGGUGAGUGGUACACGCAACAAGCCGAUAAGUUGGAUCAGGAUGUUUGCACCGAGCGUGUUUGUGUGGUGAUGCCGCUUGCAUUUAUGUUAGGUCUCGCCUUCCCAGCAUUUGCUACUAGCACCUACUUGCAUCUGCAGUACCGAAAUCUUUGUUUGAAGGCCCUUGAGGAGCGACGGAGGAUAAAGGAAGCUGAAGAUAACCAAACAAAUGCUGAAAAUGUUUGUGCUGAACCUACCUGCGACGAUAACGCUGAUGCUUGUCUGGAGGAGAAAGCUGCUGAUUCAAGCAAGUAA